AAACAGGACUGCAAACUAGAGCGAAGCAGGUGUAGCAUUUAGAGAGUCCUACUCGCGCGUGCAGCCUGUUGACAUUUAGACAACAGAUUUAUGAGGCGUGUGCGUUUUGCAUGUUUGUGUGUGCAAUAGGGAGAGGAGAGCGCACCACUGUGCGUCCACGGAGGAUCUAAUAAGGUGGUCCCUCUGUCCGACACCAAUUAAUUUAUCGGAGGGUGAAACAGUUUAAGGGCGGAGGACAGAAGGAGCCAGGAGAGACUGUGGCGGCUCCGGAGGGCUGUCACUUUGUGUGUUUGCGUGUGUGUGCGGAGAGGGGGAUUAUCAGUGCGCACGUUAUGCGGAGCGCAGUUUUUUGUGAUGCAUUCAGUCGGGAGAUGUGCGGAACGGGGCAGGCAGUGACUGUCAACCGGGAGCUUCAGUGGCAUAAUCAGCGCAAAGCAGGAGAAGAACCGGCUGGUUUUCUGGGACGCACCGGUUCUGCGCAUCACAGGAUUUCGGACUCUGAAUAUGUUUUAUUUAUUUUUUAUGAAGGCUCCUUUAUUGGUGCAGAGUGAAAGUCAAAGAUGCGCACCGCUGAACAAAGGAUUUAGGGGGCAACAAUCACGAAUCUCGUACACAUUAUAAUCCCGACACACCCCGGCGUGCUGCGUGUCCCCCCGUUUUGACUUGUCUAGGGUCGCCAUUCAUGCCCAUUCUUCCUCUGAGGACAACGGAGACGGGCUGAAUAACCUCUGGUUUCAAACCUAGAACAGGAGGAAUCAUCUGGGCUGAUCGCGCACGAGUCCAUGUGGAUGGAGAGAGAAUACGCAAACACCGCGAGCGCAGCUCAGUCCGAAAUGUGACAUUUUUACUCUGCCUCGCACCGUAGCUGACAUCUGUGCCACUGCCUUCGUUCUCUAUCGGAUCUGUUUACAUCGAUUAAGACAUGGCGUUCCUGCCGGUCCUCGUCCUGCUGCUGCUCUCUGCAACUCAUCGUGCCACCAGUCAAGACUCUGAGGACUCUGAUGCUCUCCCGAGAGGCUGUGGAUGGGGCCUUGUGCGUCCCUACACCCUCCUCUGUGACCUGGACUCCAUAUGGGGUGUGGCUGUUGAGUCAGUUGCUGCUGGUGGGGUGCUGACUGCCAUCUUGCUUGCCCUGGUUCUACUUUGCCGUUUACACCACAUCAGUGAGGCUGAGAAGCGCAGCGCCGUGGGACCCAUCCUCCUGCCUUUGGGCGUCCUCGGCUUGUUCGGCCUGAGCUUUGCUUACCUGAUUGAGCAGGAUGAGUCUUUAUGCUUGCUCCGCAGGGCCCUAUGGGGUCUCCUGUUUGCCGUCUGCUUCUCCUGUUUGCUGGUACAAGGUGUCCGCCUGCGCAGGCUAGGCCGGGAGCGCAGGAGCCCUGGUGGCUGCGCCCUCACAGGUCUUGCACUAGGUCUUAGCGCUGUGCAGGGCAUCAUCGCUGCAGAGUGGCUACUUCUGACCGUGCUGAGGGAGGGGAGGGCUGCCUGUCAGUAUCUACCGAUGGACUUCUCAUUAGCCUGCAGCUACGUGCUAGCCCUCCUCCUAGCUGCACUGGCAGCCGCCUCUUUGGCUUUGUGUGCAAAAACACGCCAGUGGCGCUGCAAUGCUGUCUGGCUGCUGGUGACCUGUCUUCUGUCGCUGCUGCUGUGGGUGGCCUGGGUGGGCUUCUAUCUGUACGGUAACGCCUGGCUGGGAAGGUCCCCAGACUGGAAUGAACCGGCAUUGGCCAGCUUAGUGGCUCAGGGAUGGCUGCUGCUGAUCUUCCACGCCAUUCCUGUCCACAUCUGCCUUAGAGCUCCACAGCCAACUGCCCCAGAUUACUUUGACACCUCCCAGAACUCGACACGGAUGAGAGAGACCAGUUUUGACGAAGACAUCCCUCUUUCUCAUAGACAGUUUGUGGAGACCCAGGGCUACGGAGACAGCGAUGAGAACAUUUCAGGCUUGAGGAGUGGCGGUGGUCCCGGGCAACAUAACAGUAACACUGGUGCGAGGCCCAGCGCUCCUUUCCGCAGCAACGUGUACCAGCCCACUGAGAUGACCAUGAUCCUGAACGGGGGAGCGGUGCCCUCUGCUCCUCCAACCUACACAGGGAGGCAGCUAUGGUGAGCGAGAGGAUUGGAAAGAAGAAGUGUGGUCGACAACAAAGAGAAGAAGAGGAAGGAGAGGGCGAGGAGCGUGAGGUCCCCACGGACGAAAGGCUCGCCUGGUUGUACUGAACUUCAAAAACAUGGACACCAACAGGGCCCUUUCCUUCUGUGUACAGACUAAAACACUGACUGCGUGCAAAUCAAGUAACGUAUGAGUGCGUGCGAGACUGAGAGAAAGUAGGGCAUGGAGGACAAAGCUGAAGCUCUUCUAGCACACUAAUUUCUAAAAGAAGGGUUGAAAAACUCAAAAUGUGACCAGCAAGUAGCAAAACAAAACUGAAGCUGACUUAGAUCUGAAAAUAUCACAUGCGGUAGUUUUUUUUCUUUUGUUUGAUUUGCUCCCCUGAGACUACAGCACUGUAAGCGUCCUUGAAAACUGUGAAACCUUUUUUUUUUUUUCUCUCUCUCUCUCUCUCUCUGUCUAGCUCUUCCUGUCAGUCAGGAUGUCUUUUCUGCUGCUCCACAAAAAAUGCUGGCACUCAAGUGGAAACAUUUGGCUCUGUCCUCCAUCCAUCCACAGGGUAGGUGAAGACAGAGCACAUGGGCAACUGUACAGCACCGCCCGCUUUAAAGAAUCCAGCCUCUGUGGGUGUGUAUGUAAAGUAUAUGAGAGGAAAACGUGUGUGUGCGCCCUACAUCUCGUACAAUAAGCCUUCCCUCUCUGGACUGUUACCCACGAACACUCCUCCUUCCUCCCUCUUUAAAUCUAUUUGCAUUUCUCUGCACCGUCUGUGAAUAGAACAUUUAACUCCUCUCACCUCGCCUCAUCCUCCCACCUGCAUGGACACUUUGCAAAAACGUGAAACAAACUGUGAAGAACUGCAAUCGCAAAAGAAGCUCAAAAGCAGCCCGGAGCACCUGAGCAGAGGGAUCACAAGCUGCUACUGAACUACUGUUAAAUACAAUAACAACAGAGCAGAGAGGAUUCUGAUUGGACAAGGAGGGUGUCACUCAUCAGUGGAAGGAGGCAGCGCUUCUUGAAUCUAGGUCAGACUUUACUGUGUGCGGCUCUCCCACAUCUCCGGUGGCCACUGGCGGUUUGAACCAGCUAGGAGAAACUGUCACUUUAUAUCAUCAGGAAACGGAGUGAGGAAAUGAAUCGGUAUCCUGUUCUUAGUUCCUCUAUCUGUGUUUUAUGUGUGCGUACAUGAGUGUUGUGAUUUUAUGAGUGUCAGAAGGAGGGAGGGGGCGGGGUUCAAAGUCAAGGUUGCAUUCUGGUGCUAAAUUGUUCUCCACAUCGCUUCCUCAGUGAAGCUCAAAACUACUGGUAAACAACACUGAUGCAGAUCCAGUCUUCGUAUGUGAGUGACAGGCUAUAUAUAGAGCCGAGGGGCUGGUGUGUUGAGAUACCCGAGAGCCUUAGAGAGAUCAGAUUCACAGGGGCGGCGAGAAAGAAGAAGAUCAAGUGUGAGAGAGGAUGGAAAAGAUGAGGAAGAUGAUAGCGAGAGAUGGAUUGAAGGGAGAGAAAUCCCAAUGACUUCCUUUAGUCAAUCUGACGUGUGAGAAAAUGGCUCCCUGGCCAGCCUGUGUGUGUGUGUGUGUGUGUGUGUGUGUGUGUGUGUGUGUGUGUAUGUUUUUCGUGACAUGGGGGCGGCGGCCAUGCUGCUCUGCUCUAUGUACUUGUCUUCUCCUUCCUCCCUCUUCAUCCUCCGCUUGCCUCUCUGUGGUCGGCUCAAACUCGAGUCUCUGUGCCAAGAAGGACUCCCGUUUCACUGGAGUCUCCGUUUCUCGCCCUCCCCCUUCCACCGUGACACCAACUCUCUCUCUCUCUCUCUCUCUCUCUCUACACUGGAGAAGCUGUGUACAUAGUAUUGCUGUAAAGCUUUGCUUGCUUGUUUACUCUUUUUUUUAACUGUAGGCUUAUUUUAGACACCAGUAUCAUAUGACUGACUGGAGAACUGACUAUUACAAACCAUUUUUAUCUGGGGACUUUUUUUUUAACUGGUUGGCGUUGUGCUCAUACAUUCGCUUGUUGUUCCUUUUAUGCUUUUAUUUCUCUCUUGCUGGUGUCUUUAUUUUUUAAGAUAGCUUUUUGGAAAUCUUUUGCCAACACUAGAUAUGCUUAUAUUUUUAUCUUUUUGUUUGAUUAAUGGUCAAGGAAAAUAUAUGAGUUGUCAUUUAUAGGCUUUUACAUUGUUCGUACCUCCUGCAAAGCAUUCAUAGUCGAGACAGUGGUCCAGUCUUUGCCGUCACAGUUACGAGGAUACAAACAAACUACAGGAUUCUGAUUUUGUUCGAAAAAAACAACAGCAGCUGUGAGUUACUUCUAGCACUUCAUGCAGUAAACUACAAACUACUCUGUGAUACUUUAAGGAUUAAAAAAAGAAGAAAAACAGAGCAGGGAGGGCUGAAAAAGUCAAGCCCUCCUUCAGUCAUUUUUCGUCUUACAGCCAACCUCGACUAAGAAAAGACCACGUGUCACAUCUUAACUGCUGCUGUAUGUUUAUGUCUUACCCACUGGCUAUUCUAAAAUAGGACUGGUACCAGCCAGCGAGCUCUAUGCCCAAACAGAGCGUGCCAUGCUUUGUCAGGCUCUGUUUGGGCCCUGCCUGGUCAGAAACAGACCAUAGAUCUGUGUGUGGUAACCCAUGAAGAAGAACUGUCCUCAGGGUAUGGGUGGUCAGUAUGGUGGGGAGGUUUCAAUUCUUGUGAUGAUCUCACUCAAAGUGGAAUACAAAAAAAAAAGAACAUGUGACUUUGUAGAUUUUGCACUUGUCGACUACCUAUCUGUGCAUGCUUAUCACCAUUUCUACAUGUAAGACCUUUCUCAGAUGUACUUUUGAAUACUAACUCUAUUUAUGUAAGGGUCAUGUGACUGCAAUCAUAAUUUCAGUGUAUAUCAGAUGACACACUUAUUGUCUGUGCUUUCUUGAACACAAAAGAGAGCGGGCUCUUAAGAAGCAAAGAGAUACAAGUCAGGGGAAAGCGGUCCAAAUAGUUUGAGUCCCCAGAAAGGAACAAAACGCCAUCAACACUGGACCUAAAAAUAAUUUCCUCUGUUAGUUUGAAGACUGGAGGGGAAAAAAGAGAAACUUCUGGUGGUUUUCGUCUCUGUGUGUAAAAUCAAAUAGACUGUGGUGAAAUUUGCACAAAACUUCUAUAUGUUAAGUUUGUCAUCCCCGGACAGCCCACUGAACACCCGUCGUCCCUGGGUUUGGCAUGUCCUUGCCUGUCCUCUCCUGAUUUGUCUUGCCUUCAGACUGUUCCAGCGGGGCAGCUGACAGGGGUGAUAUUGGUUUUCACAGCUGUGACUGUGCAGUGACGCAGCAUGCAUAUGUAUAGAACUUUAUUCCCCUGAUUAGAUAAAGAAAAAAAACUGUUAACUCUCGUUUCUGUAACCAAAUCAGGAAAAAAAAGUUCAAUAAAAGUGUCAUGUUUGUAGUUAACUUUUAA